CAGAGGGCGGCCUCCAGUCCGGCCACGCGUCGUCCAGCGCUGCCGCUCCCGAACAGCCCCGCAGCCCGGCUCGCCGCUGCCCGCCCGGCCCAGGAAUGCCCGCAAGGCGGGGCGCUCGCCUUCUGGUGGCUGGGUGGCCGGCCAACCGGCCGGCGGGGAGAGCUACCCGAGGCCGGGCCGGAUCCCGAGAGAGCGACGCCUCUGUCGCUGUGAAGGAUCCGCCGGGCUGGGGUCGCGGCUUCCUCGGGGCGGCCGUGCAGGCGCGGAGCCGGGAUUGAUUGAUGCAAGAGCCGCGCGUCCCCCCCCCCCGCCGAGGACCAGAGGUGCCCCCCCUCGGUGCCUGGGAUGGGGGGGGGGGUCAACAGGGCUCAGGAACGUCUCCGUAAAGCGUCCGCUAAACUUUCUGCAAAAGGCGGGGGGGGGCAACUCUGCCCUGCCUCCCCGAGACUUUCGGACUUGGCUGCCGGACCGCUCCGGCCUGCGAGAUGUUCUCUCGGUUGCUUGAACGGGAGCCAGGAAGGGGGGCAGGGAGAUGCGACCUCGUGGGAGACCCCGAGGCUUCUUCCCUGGUGCUUCUGUGUGAUGUUUGCGGCCUUUUAUCGGGGCUUUCAGCUCCACCCCACAUCUGAACCGGCACGACAGGUUGGGCGUUAGUUCUGUUUCUGCCAUUAGCGGCGGUCCGUUGCAGCCCGAAGGCUCCUUUUCCGGCAUGCCCAGCGGCCUCUUCCUGGGGGACGGGAGGGGGGGUCUGUUGCAGCCCCAGCGGUCGCCAACGGGCCGGAGCUGCUUCCUCACCCCUGUGCUUGGCCACUCUUCACAUUGCGCUCCAUGCCGAGUGGGACUCAAGCUGGCUUCUCCUGCAACAGGGUUGGGGUCUUCUGAUGGGUCGCUGGGGACAGGAAGACGGGAGGGGUCCAGGACUUGGGAAUGAGAGGGGCAGGAAGAAGGGGGUGGCAGGGAAAGGAAGACCCUCCCCCAGAUGUGAGGACCCUCUUUCAGCAAACCAAAGGAAGCCAUCUUCAAUGCUGAGGAUGGUUACGUGAAAAUGUUCCUCCGGGGCCGCCCCAUCCCCAUGUUCGUCCCCGAUGCUGUGGUGGCCACUUACAGCCUGGACGCCAAGCUGGAGCUGCCACACAAGAAGCUGAAGCUGGACUGGGUAUACGGGUAUCGGGGCCGUGACUGCCGGGCCAACCUUUUCCUGCUGCCCACGGGAGAGAUUGUCUAUUUUGUGGCUGCCGUGGCCGUCCUUUACAACGUGGAGGAGCAGCGCCAGCGCCACUAUCUGGGCCAUACUGAUGAUAUCAAGUGUUUGACUGUGCAUCCAGACAUGGUGACAGUAGCAACCGGACAGGUGGCCGGGACGUCAAAGGACGGCAAGGCACUGCCGCCCCAAGUGCGCAUCUGGGACUCGGUGAGCCUCAACACCCUCCACGUCCUGGGGCCUGGACCUUUUGACCGAGCGGUGACCUGUGUGGGAUUCUCCAAGUCUAACGGGGGUGGCCUCCUGUGUGCCGUGGAUGACUCCAACGACCAUGUGCUCUCCGUCUGGGACUGGCAGAAGGAGCAGAAAUUGGCUGAUGUGAAGUGUUCCAACGAGUCCGUUCUGGCCGCCACCUUCCACCCCACAGAACCCACCCUCCUCAUCACCUGUGGAAAAUCCCACAUCCACUUCUGGACCUUGGAAGGCGGCAGCCUCAGCAAACGACAGGGCAUCUUUGAGAAACACGAGAAGCCCAAGUAUCUGCUGUGCGUGGCCUUUACGGAGAAUGGGGACACGGUGACUGGCGACUCGGGGGGCAACCUCUACAUCUGGGGCAAAGGGGGUAACCGGAUCUGCCAUGCAGUGCCAGGUGCCCACGAGGGGGGCAUCUUCGGCCUCUGUGUGCUGCGGAAUGGGACCAUCCUCACAGGGGGUGGCCGAGAUCGCCGGGUGGUGCUUUGGGGACGGGACUACCAGAAGCUGCAGGAGAACGAGGUCCCGGAUGGCUUCGGGCCGGUACGCACCAUUGCCGAAGGGAAGGGCGACUCGCUUUUUGUGGGCACCACACGCAACUCUGUGCUACACGGGUCCUUGUCGACUGGCUUCUCUCUGCUGGUGCAGGGACACACCGAAGAGCUUUGGGGCCUGGCCACCCACCCCACCCUGGAACAGUUCCUCACCUGCGGGCAGGACAAGCAGGUCCACCUGUGGAGUGUGGCCUCUCACCAGCCGCUAUGGAGCAAGGGAAUUGAGGAUGCGGCUCGCUCGGCUGCCUUCCACCCCAGUGGUUCGGUACUGGUGGUGGGCACUGUCACGGGCAGGUGGCUAGUGCUGGACACGGAGACCCGGGAUCUGGUGGCCAUUCACAUGGACGGAGGAGAGCCCAUCUCCGUGGUCAGCUUUUCCCCAGAUGGGAAGUACCUGGCUUUGGGGUCCCAUGAUAACUUUGUCUACAUCUACCUGGUUUCUGAGGGUGGCAGGAAAUACGGCCGAGUUGGCAAAUGCUCGGGACACUCCAGCUUCAUCACCCAUCUUGACUGGGCCUUCGACAGCAGCUGCUUGGUCACCAAUUCGGGGGAUUAUGAGAUUCUGUAUUGGGACCCCUCCACCUGCCGGCAAAUCACCAGCGCCGAGGCUGUGCGCAACCAGGAGUGGGCUACCGCCACCUGCGUGCUGGGCUUCGGGGUGUUUGGGAUCUGGCCAGAGGGGGCGGAUGGCACCGAUAUCAACGCUGUGUGCCGCUCCCACGAGGGGAAGCUCCUGGCAUCGGCCGAUGACUUUGGCAAAGUGCACUUGUUCUCCUACCCCUGUUGCCAGCCGCGGGCGCCCAGCCACACUUACAGCGGCCACAGCAGCCACGUCACCAACAUCGCCUUCCUCCACGACGACAGCCUGCUGCUCUCCACCGGAGGGGUGGACACCAGUGUCCUCCAGUGGCGCCUCGUGUAGGGAGGGAGGGAGGGGGGAGGCGGCCAGCGGG